UUAUCUUAAAUUUUGCUUCUUAUUUUCCUUCCAGGUUGAAGCCGGUGAUGUUAUCCUCAAAGUAAAUGGCAUCGAUGUUCAUCAGUAUACAACGAAGGAGGUACUGAAAUGUUUACGAUUGUCCGAAGAUUUGGUAACAUUGGAACUGAAAAGAGAUCCCAAACUGAAGGCCCGCAUAAAGGAACAGCUAGCCAAUACAAAAAGUCCCCAUUAUAUAGAUAUUGAAACAUCACCCACUAACAAUUAUGAUUAUCAUAAUCAGCGUCAAAUAAGAUCAUCACCUCAGCAUCACCAUCACUAUCAGCAACAACAACAUCACGAAGCUGCCAACAACAGUAGUAGUAGUAAUAAUAGCAAUAGUAAAUUCCAAUAUGAUGUGACGACGACAACAACAACCACUCCCAAUCACUCACCUGCCUCAUCAUCGUCGCGCUAUAAAUCCUCAACCAACACGGCCACCACAAAUUUACCACGUCAUCAUGCCGCAGCAGCGGCCGCCGCCACCAAUUCCGCCAAUCAUAGUCGUAGUUCUUCGGCCUCAUCAAAUAAAAUACAAUUAGAGGGUGGUGGACCCAACACAGCCACCUCGCCCACAUCACGCAUACCCUCACGUAUACCGCAAGCCAAGAAAAGUAGCCAAAAACCUCAACAAUCGCCACAGCAUAAACGGCCCCGGCCCUCACAAAUACCCAAGGCUGCUGGUGGUGGUAUUAUGGGUACAUCAAUGACAUCUUCCAUAACAUCGACAGCGGCGUCCGAGUCUGGUGUCGUCACUGCUAACUCAACGAACAUAAAUGCUAUGGUGGUAGCGGAGGAGGUGGCCACCCCUCGACAAGACUAA